GGAUAAGAAAAACACACAUGACUAAUUUUCUUAACAUUUUAAACUAACACUUAAACGUGCUCAGUGACCGAGUUGUAAGAUUUGAGUGUGCUAUUAUCAGUUUAGCAUGUUAUUGUGAUACCGCGAGUAAUAUGUAGCGAUACGUGUUUAUCUCGACGCAGCGGGUUUUAGCCUAGUGGCAAAGAGUAGUGGUGAGCGGCGUUACAGGCUGAAUGUGUUUGUGCUGCAUCAGCUUACAAUUGUUUCCCCAAAAGCCGUAUCGUUUUAAAAAUUUUUAGCUUGAUUUUAAAAAUUGCUGCCAGAGAGAUGGCAUCGUUAACGACGACGGAUCCGGUUUUUAAUCCCGGGGCCAUAGGGUUGUCAGAGUCCGUAGUCCCCGCUAGCAUGUUUGCUCCUGGCCGGGGAUGUGGCGAUGAUGACGGGGCAGAGUGCUCCGAGGACGAGGAGAUGUUCAACGGCGAGGCCGUGGAUCUUGGCAUAGACUUCUCUAGCAAGCUAGCCCUGGUCAGUCCCAAUGGAGAACAGUAUGACUUGUUACUACGGCAACUGCGUGAGAGGAUGGACGAGGGCUGCGGGGAGACCAUCUAUGUCUUGGGCGUGGGUUCAGAUGGUGGAGACUAUGGUUUGAAUGAGAGUGAUAUGCAGGCGUCUGUGGCCACAGUAAGGUCCAUGUGUGAGCAGAUCGAGGCAGACCUCAUCCUGUUGAGGGAGCGAACUGAGGCUGGUGGCCAGGUCAGAGAUUACCUUAUUCGCCGCCAGGUGGGAGAAGCCGACUUCUUGGAGGUUAGGGUGGCUGUAGUGGGGAAUGUGGAUGCCGGUAAAAGCACUCUGCUAGGGGUGCUGACUCAUGGAGAGUUGGAUAAUGGUCGUGGCUUUGCGCGACAGAAGCUCUUCAGGCACAAGCACGAAAUGGAGAGUGGGCGCACCAGCAGCGUGGGCAACGACAUCCUGGGAUUUGAUCAAGAGGGCCAGGUAGUCAACAAACCCGACAGUCACGGAGGUAGCCUGGAUUGGACCAAGAUCUGUGAGAAGUCUUCUAAAGUUAUUACCUUUAUUGACCUUGCUGGCCAUGAGAAGUACCUGAAGACGACUGUGUUUGGAAUGACAGGUCAUCUGCCUGAUUUCUGCAUGCUAAUGAUUGGAAGUAAUGCAGGAAUUGUUGGCAUGACCAAAGAGCACCUGGGUUUAGCAUUAGCUCUCAAUGUUCCCGUGUUUGUGGUGGUUACUAAGAUUGACAUGUGUCCAGCUAAUAUUCUUCAAGAGACCUUGAAGCUCCUGCAGAAGAUAUUAAAGUCUCCAGGCUGCAGAAAGAUCCCUGUCCUAGUCCAGAACAAAGAUGAUGUCAUCGUCACAGCAUCCAACUUUAGUUCUGAGAGAAUAUGUCCCAUCUUCCAGAUCUCUAACGUCACAGGAGAGAACAUGGACCUACUGAAGAUGUUCCUAAACCUGCUCUCCUCCAGAAGCUCAUUCAAAGACCACGAGCCUGCCGAGUUCCAGAUAGAUGACACCUAUUCAGUGCCAGGUGUAGGAACGGUAGUGUCUGGGACCACGUUACGAGGGCUGAUUCGACUCAAUGACACUUUGCUUCUUGGACCAGACCCUUUGGGCGCUUUCCUCUCCAUCACCGUCAAAUCCAUUCACCGCAAGAGGAUGCCUGUGAAAGAGGUCCGUGGUGGACAGACGGCCUCUUUUGCUCUGAAAAAGAUCAAGCGCUCCUCAAUAAGGAAGGGGAUGGUCAUGGUGUCACCAAGAUUAAACCCACAGGCAUACUGGGAGUUUGAGGCUGAAAUACUAGUUUUACAUCACCCGACGACCAUCUCGCCUAGAUAUCAAGCCAUGGUGCACUGUGGUAGCAUCAGGCAGACAGCUACUAUCCUGUCUAUGACCAGUGACUGCUUGCGCACAGGAGACAAAGCUACCGUCCACUUCCGCUUCAUUAAAACCCCAGAGUACCUGCACAUAGACCAGAGGCUUGUCUUCAGAGAGGGAAGAACCAAAGCUGUGGGCACCAUCACCAAGUUGCUCCUGUCAACAAAUAAUCAGCCGUCAAACUCCAAACCUCCGCAAAUCAAGAUGCAGUCAACAAAGAAAGCCCCGGCUAGAAGAGAGGAUGGAACGGCUCCACCCUGUGAGGAGACUGCUUGCACAGGAUCGCCAGCCGCUCAGCAAAACAUACCACAACAGACAGAAAUGGAGGAAGACCCUCAAAACAAAGAGAACAAGCCAAAGUCUGGAGGCAGAAGACGAGGAGGUCAGCGGCAUAAAGGCAAACCUCAAAACAACUCCACAGUGACCCUUGCUGGUGCAGUCGGGGGCUGUUAAACUCGCCCCUUUUCAAGAGUCCAGUACACCCUCCAUGUUUUACUCAUGCCUUUUACCUGCCCACAUGGACCAUAACACUUCGAUGACAAAGCUUAAGGAGUUCACAGAACCAACAUGCACCUUGUUUCGUGAAUUUUAACUUAUUAUAAGAUGUGCGUGUGUUCGUAGACUGUAUAUACCGUAGAUAUUGAGACUAUAGGACAGGCAUUACUGCAUGGUGGUUCUGUUUUGGCUGUAAAUGUCAACUUAAGAAGGAUAAACUUUUAGUCUGUUUCUUCUUGCUGAACAUGACAUCAUGUACUUGCUCAAUGAGUCAUUUCUAUCCCGUUUUUAAGAUAAUCCCAUUAGAAAUUAACUCUUCAUUAUGUAGCAAACUGUUUUAAUGGGACUAUUAACAAGCCUCGUCACAAAACCACAUUUAAUUUGAAUUCGCAUUAUUGUGGACCAUAACGAUAAGAGAUGCUUUUGGAAAGUGUUUUGAGCUGAAUUCACUGGCGGCUUUGAGACACCGUGACUGCAAAGUUUUUUGGCAGCUAGUUAAGUGUGAAAUGCAAAUUGGCAUUUAAACACACUUCAAAAUCUAAUAACAGUCAUUGCUAAUUAUUACCUCAUAUUUCAGUCUAUUCAGUUUCCCAAAUCCUUGGUCACCCUAGUGUUAUCAGGCCUCAUAGACUCUGCUCAGGUUCUGGGAGCAUAUUCAAAUUGUGAAAUAAGAUAUUUUUUAGGUUACCCAGUGAAAUAUAUGCAGAGUAAGGGAUGAGGAAUAGAAUGUAGAUCUUUAGUUUAAAAGAUUUGUGUAAUAGUUCCUCGUGGGGAAACUUUACAAAACAGUGGCAGUUGUUCUUGGAUAAGAAAAAAAAAAAAGUUUUAUUAAUGAACCUGUUUUUUUUUCCAGCUGUGAUUGACAGGCCUCCUGAACACUUGCUGUAAAUUCUUUCAGAUUGCUAUACUGUUUGCUGAGCUUUAGUAUUCACACCCUUGAGGCAAUAUGACACCUGGACCAUUCUCUGCGUUUACUUGUGAAACUUUCCACAACCAAUAUACAAAUAAACUGAUGUUGACAAUUUAA